UUCUGCGCUGGUCUCCAUCCGCCCAGUAGGUGGCGGUAAACGUCACUUCCGUCUGGUCCAUCUCCCGCCACCAAACCCAGAAGAAGAAGCAGAUCUCGCGAUAGUUGUGUUGCGGAUUCAAACUGUGGCGGUUUGUCGGAUCUUUGACUGAAGAUGUCAGCAGAGGAGGUGGAGCUGCUGAGGAGGCAGCUGAGGGAGAAGGAGGACCAGGUCCACCAGGCUGCUCAGGCUGGACUGGACCUCCUGAACCAGCAGGUGGAGCUGCAGAACCAGCUGGACAACCAGAGGGUGGAGAUGACCAACGCUCAGGAGGCCCUGGAACAGGACAAAUACUCUCUGCAGAAGGAGGUGGAGCUGAAGACUCGGCUGUUGGUGUCUCUGCAGUCAGAUUACGACUGUGUGAAGAAGCAGCAGGAGCAGCAGCUUCAAGAACAGCAGGAACAUCUGGAGAGGAACCACAGUGUGGCGCUGAAUGAGCUGCAGAACAAGAUGUUGAGGCUGCAGGCGGCUCUGGAUGAAUCUCAGCUGAAUGAGAAGCAGCUGAAACACAAACUGAAGGUCCAGAGGGAGAUGCUGAAACAGAAGAUGGAGGAGCUGCAAGGUCUGAACGAACAAACCCAAAGUUCUCUGACGUCUGAGAUGAUGGAGGUCCAGAUGAAGGUCAUGGAGCUGGAGAACAUCAAGGAGCAGCUGGAGCAGAACCUUCAGGAGUCUCAGUUCAGAGAGCAGCAGCUGGAAGUGGCCUCCAGCAGCCUCCAGCGUCACCUCCAGAGGGUCACUGAGGAGAAGGAGGACAGGGAGAGAGAAGCUGUGUCCUGCUUCAACGCUCUGGAGAAAUCUCGUGAGGCGAACCGAGACCUGCAGGUCCAGCUGGACCAGGUUCUUCAGCAGGCUCAGGAUCCAGACAGCAGAGGGAACUCUCUGUUCGCUGAGUUGGAGGACAAGCGGGCAGAGAUGGAGCGAAAGCUGAUCAGCAUGAAAGUCCAGUACCAGUCGCUGCAGAAGAUCCACGGCUUCAGCAAACAGCAGAUGCAACGUAUGAAGGUCCAGAUCGCCACCCUGAUACAGCUGCAGGGCUCCCGGGCCGACCCGGCCCAACUGGAGAGGCUGCAGGCCAUGCUGGCGGAGAAGAACGGCGAGAUCCAGAGUCUGAUGAGCAAACUGCAGAGGCUGGAGAAGGUGGAGAUGCUGUUGAAGUCCCAGCCACUUCCUCCAGCUGAAGGUGGAGAUGUUCAGGAUGAAACCUACUACACCGACCUGCUGAAGAUGAAGCUCAACAACUCUGUGAAGGAAGUGGAGCGUUUAGGAGAUGAACUUUCCCUGCAGAGGAUGAAGGCUCUGUCAGAGAGUCAGAGAGCUCUGGAGCUGGAGAGGAAACUGUUCACGUCUGAACGUCUGCUCAAACAGGCUCAGAGUGAUAAAAUCAAACUGCAGCUGAGAGUAGAAGAACUGCAGCACAAAUACGAACCCAAAGACGUAAGAAAGAAUCUCAUCCAGAAGAGGAAGAAAGAGAAACUUCCUGUUGACAUCACUUCCUCUGAGGAAACUGCACAGAAGGACAAUCAGGGCAUUGAUACGACGACAGAGGUGACAAAUGCUGAGACCCACACCUGUCCUCCAGAGGCUGAACCUCGACCUGCUAAGUGUGUGAAGAUCAGUGAGGAGGAGCCGAUGGUGAUUCCAGAGCUCAGUUCUCCCACUGACUGCAAAGAGAAGAACAUGGAGGAGAACCAGCAGAACAUGGAGGAGAACCAGCAGAAGAAAGAGAAGAACAUGGAGGAGAACCAGCAGAAGAAAACAGAACCAAGAAAGAAACAGAGAACAGUGGAGGUGAUCCACGUUGGUUCCAGCAGCAGCAUGGAGAACCAGUGUACCCAGCAGUAGAACUACUGCAGUACUAGUAUGUACUGAUACUAUAAGACAUGUAUGUACAAAUACUAUAAUACUACUACUGUGUACUAGUCCAGUAGUACUGCAGUACCUGUGUAUCCCAUGUAUUGAAGCUGUAACUCGUGAACUCUUUAAAAAUUUUUAUUCUGUAAUAUUUCUGUUUCUCUGUGUCUGAAUGUUCUCCUGCUGCUUCCUGUUGUGGUUCCAACUUGUUUAAAUGUGAAUAAAAAUCUUCGAGAGGA